AUGAUGGAGUCCGCCGCGCUCACAAAGGCACACGACCAUGCCCGCGCUGCAUCCAUCGCUACACAAACAUCCGACACCACUGUUGCCGUUACGGAACAUGCGCAGGCUGCUGGCGAGUUCGCUAACGCGGCUAAGGGGACGACGAGCAUCGAGGCUUUGCGCAUGCUGAGCUUGUUGGAGCAACACCAUAAGCGGCUGUCCGAGUUGCUGAAGUUACCCCUAGGACUCCCCAGCCAGAAUAGUAUCGACAGCGAUACUGCCGAGGCAGACGAGAAAGAUUCUACAGAUCACGACGAUGUCAAAACUGCAACAUCUUCCAAGGCUUCAGCUGCUGCUCCUGGAUCUGCCCAUGCGACAAAGCCCAUCCCCACGCUGUCUCAUCAACGGUACCCUGGGCGAAAUCUGUCAUCCUCCAUAGCAAACAACUUGGCAUCCGCUCGAGGAAUUCGAUCAAAGUAUCCCAGCCAGCCUCUGACACCCAGCGUUUCCAACGACCAGGCUCCUGGAAGUUUGGAAGUGCAUCCCCGCAGGGAGGGCUCCAUGAGAGGCUCCAGAACCCCGGAUUCUCUGGACCACUCACGCAAGCCAGGCUGGGUUCCCCCUGUCAUUGCAGAAGAUGCAUCUCAUGAGCCCAACAAGGUCGAACAGACUACCGGCAGUUCGACCCCUAGCGAGGAGGGCUUCUCCAGGUUUUAUAGCACAUUUGGCACUUUGAUCAAUCGUCUCUCCGCGCCCCUCGCCUUCGCCGGGCUGCCAUUAAUCUCGGAGGAGUCAUCAGUCACCUCUGAUCAGACCAGCCCCGUCCGCCCCCCAGAACCCACCCCUCCACGAAAGCGCCAAUGGACCGCGCAUCCCCCAACGACGACCACUGCUACUACCGAACCUGAUCUCAAAAAGAUAUACUCCCGCGCGGCCCUCCGAUCCCUCCCUCGAGAUCCGAGUGCUGCCGACUCUUUUUAUUUUGUCCCUACGAGCGGGCAUACCGUAUCUUACGCUAGCAUCCUUCAUCAUGAAACGAAAGAACGUCGUCGUCUUGCAGCCUCCAUACACCGCGAUCCCAACAGCCUAGAGGAUGACGACGAAGACGACUUUGUUGACGCACAAGAGAUCCAGAUACCUCCUCAACUUGGCUCUCGCAGACCACCGUCUCUACUAUCAUCACACUCGGGCAAAUCUCGGGCAACAAACGAAAAAGACCAUCUUAAAAAUGUUGUCGAGGAGCUCCAACUCGAGAACGCUUCGCUCAAGGACGCCCUGGAUAGAGUGAGCAAACGUCUACACGCGUUCGAACUCAACAGCCAGAGUUCCCACCUGGCGUUGGCACAAAGCUUACGGUUGCAAAGACCCGGAUCGCCAAUGAGUGCUUCGAGCGGUGGUGGGUACGGACAUUUGCCCCCAGGUGGAGGUUCAGGAGAGGAAGCGGCUCUGAAGAAGAGGAACGCGGAGUUGGAGGAGCAGCUGGCUGAGCUGACAAAGAGGAUGGUGGCCAGGGAGAAAGAUUAUGACAGGCUAGAGCAGACAGUAGAGAAAUACAGGGAUAGGUGGGAGAAAUUGAAAGCUGGGGCCAAGGCGAGGAGGGAGGCGCAAAGUGGUCCUUCGACUGCUGGAGCUGGUACUGCCGGCGAUAGAGGAGAGGGGGCGGUAAAUGUGUCUAAAAGAUGA